AUGAACAAUACCAUCGUUGGCAGCGUUAAUCCGUCCUUUAAAGAAUACGGUGACUCUCUUGUUACAUUAAUUAAAAGUAACCAAGAAAGCAUUGAUUUGGCUGAUCAUUUGAGAGAUUCGGAUUCAGAGGUAUAUGCCAAAGACAAUCAACAUGUAUUCUCUAAAAUAGCCACAACACAAUUUCCGGAAUCUCUUCAAGUAGAAGGACUCGACCCACAAUAUAAAAUGGGAUUUUUGCCCUCAAUUAAGCAAGUGUGGCUUGCUACCAGUACUUCAUUAUAUAUCUGGAACUAUGUGGAUAACACUGAAGUCUUCAAAUACGAAAAUACUGAAGCUAUUGAAAAUGCAGAGAUGCUUACGUUUCGACACCACCAGGAACUCGUUGUUUCAACUGCUCAUCAUAUCUUUGUACAUAGCAUCCAACAAGACGAUAACAACAAGUUGAAAAUUGUUUCCAAUGCCUGUGUCAAAACCGAUAGUGUCAUCAUGUCCGAAUUCGUAGUGACAGAUAAACAAAGAGUAUUUAUGCGAGGCAGCGAUGGACAUCUCUACGAAUUAAAUUAUAAAACGGGUGUCAACCAUUACAUUUCUUCGGGAACCCUCAUCUGCCAUACAGAAAAUCCUAUCGUUAAGUACUUUUCUUUCCUUCGAUAUGUACCCAAAGCUUCUGUCAAAUCAUUGGUCGUGGAUAAUGAUCAAGAGUUUCUUUAUUACUUGUUGAACGAUUCAAGUAUUCAUUCGGUAGAUAUUGGAGGCAGUGUGUAUUUACCCAAUCAACGUUUCAAUGGUGCUCAGUUAGAGUCACUUCAUCUUAUUCCCAAAUCUGAAUCCACUAAAGUCAAUUUGAUGGCUAUUUCCAAUAAGGGUGAACGAUUGUAUUUUUCGUGCAAGGAUAAAAAAAUUGAUCUCAUUUAUACGCGUACAUCUCCACCUUUACCCGGCUCGCUUUUAUUCAACGAUUUAACCAAGGAGACUUGCGAUUUAUCCUUUUACAAUCAUGGUGUCUUUGCAGCAGUGCUUGGAAAAUCAAAAAGAUCCUACUUGGUCAUGACAAAUGCCAACUCCAUCCCAGAUGAGAAUGGCUUACCUCUUAUGGUAGAAGAUGUAUAUAACGAAAGUGUGGAUAAAAAAAUUUGGUCCAUCAUCGAGAGCAACCCCAAAGACACCUCUACACAUCACUACUUUAAGGAAACAACAGAAUCACCCGAAAGUCCAGCACGUCGAUUUUCUACACUGACAGAUGCUGGUAUCACCCACUAUAUCAAACAACGCCCUGUGGAUUAUUUAUCAGAAGCCGUGGCUUCCGAUGCACCCAUUAAGCGUAUUGCUUUCUUAAAUCGCUACGGUCCCAUUGAGACAUCUGCCAUGACCCUCUUAUUAGCUUGUUCAUCCCACCAAUCACCUAGAGUCUUCCAAUUUUUGCAAACCUUACACAAUAUGAAUGAGGGACUCUUAUUAUACUUUUCUAGAAUUGUUGGAAAUAUUUGGACAACAGAUAUAUUAAAAGAGACUAUUAGGCAAGACCAGUUUAUAUCAGCACGCGAAAAUCUAGGUAAAUUAAUCGCAUGCAUCGAGGAAACGAAUAUGGACGUAAAGGACGAUAUCGUGAACUUGAUCAAGAGAACAAUGGAAGCAAUUAAAUUUGUCUGCUUCAUGCACAACUCUGGAUGGGAGAAAAUUCGUCAAAGUUUACCAACUACUUGUAAGCUUUUUGGAGAUAUGGUAACAACAGAGGAGGGAGCUUUAUUAGCUAAAGAGAUGGUAUUUGCAGCCAUCAAAACCACUGAAUUAUCAAACAAUUUGAACGACUACAAUCACGUUAGCAACUUUUUAAAGGUCAACUGUAACAACUUUCUCGGCAAUAUUAAUACCGUUUACUAUCAGGGUAUGGAAUGUCUUCAAGCUGCUUGUAAUGACACAAACAAUGGCGCUAGUUUGAGAUUCUCGCUUGAUCAUUUCAAGAAAAUCAUCAACUUUAUCGAACUGGAUACGCUUCAAACCCUCUGUCAAGAAUAUGGUAGACUUGGAUAUCAUAUUGGCGCAAUUGAAUUAGCUCAUUCAAA